AUGGAUCACUACAGGAAUUGUGCAGCUGUAACUCUGGCCCUGCUGUCUGUGCUUCUGUAUGGCCUCCACUCCUUUCCUGAUGGAGAGUUUACAGUGCAGGGUUGCCCAGAAUGCAAGUUAAAGGAAAACAAAUACUUCUCCAGGUUGGGUGCCCCAGUUUACCAGUGCAUGGGCUGCUGCUUCUCCAGAGCAUACCCCACACCGGCAAGGUCCAAGAAAACAAUGUUGGUUCCAAAAAACAUCACCUCUGAGGCUACAUGCUGUGUGGCCAAAGCAUUUACCAAGGCCACAGUAAUGGGCAAUGCCAAGGUGGAGAACCACACGGACUGCCACUGUAGCACUUGCUACUAUCACAAGUCCUGA